AUUAAAGUAAAGUUAAUUAGGGGCGACGAAUAAGGGGUAUUAGGGCUACGAAUAGCCAUUCCCAAAAUAAAACUAUUGGACACGGCGUGGCGAACUGUCGUUUUAACUACUGAACCUGACCGGGCGACUUUCUUUCCCGAGAGCCUCAACCACCUACGCCGGAGGGAAAGCGCAGCAAUGGCGGAAUCCGAAACGAGGGAUCAGCUAACCGCCUUCUUACAGUCCGGCAUUUACCGCUUCAGCAACUCCGCCGUCCCCGUCAUCUUCAUGGACCCAGUCCGCGUCCUCAAUCGCUCAUAUUCCCGAGUUAGGGUUUCUCCUUCCACAUACUACUCCCGCUUCUUCAGUUCCAAUGUCGCCGCCGAUGGCGUCCUCCGUGAAACCGAGCUCUCUUCAAGUUCGAAGAAACGGAAGCGAAAGGAGAAGAAGCCUCUGACCUUGAACGAACGAGAACAAGCUGCCGACCAGCGCCACCAGCAAGUUCGGCCGAUGUUGUUGAAAGCGCACGAAUGUUUGAUCGGAGCUGCUGAGCUUCUGGGUGUACUCAGAAGUUUAAGCUGGGAUUCCUCUUCCACAGCGGAACGCCGGGAAGUAACCGUCGGCGGAACUGAGCCGUCGUUUCUUGAGCUUGGAAAAGUCUGGCAAGCUCCCCUUUACGAAAUAACCCUCAAGUUUCCUCGAACUUGCGCGAGCAACGAAAAUGAAGGGGACAUUGUUGAUCAAUGGUGUGACCAGAGAGUGGUUCCUGUAUUCGACAAUUUGGUUGUGAAUGAGAUUGGUGAUGAAGUGGAAGCAGAAUUCCUGAGCAGGAAAUAUGUGAUACCUCGACAGAGUUGCUUCUACAUGUUUUGCUUGCUCUUACAUAUUUUUGCAUGUCUUUCCUUGUACACGCACUUCAAGUCUGACCUGGGGAAGAUUCACAACCUGAUCCCUGCUGAUCCUGGCAGCGGCUUCAAUCUUAUACUGAUUGAUCCCCCAUGGGAAAAUGCGAGUGCUCAUCAGAAACUAAAGUAUCCGACUUUGCCUAACCGGUAUUUCCUGAGCCUUCCCAUUAAGAAGCUCGCCCAUUCGGAUGGAGCUCUUGUAGGGUUAUGGGUGACCAAUAGGGAGAGAUUGAGAAAUUUUGUCGAGGAAGAGUUGUUUCCUUCAUGGGGAGUUACUUAUGCUGCUAGCCUGUUCUGGUUGAAGGUCAAAGCAGAUGGAUCAUUGACCAGUUAUUUGGACCUAUUUCAUCACAGGCCAUACGAGUGUCUUCUUUGGGGCUACUGCAACGGGAAGGGUGAAAGUUGUGAACUGCUGUCAGGAAUGAGAGGAACUAUGGAGGAUCAAAUCGUGAUAAGCAUCCCGGGAGAUUACUCGAGAAAGCCACCAGUUGGAGAACUUCUGCAGAAGUAUGUGCCAGGCGCUCACCUUCCUCGAUGUAUCGAGCUUUUCGCGAGGGAGAUGGUUGCCGGAUGGACUUCGUGGGGCAACGAGCCUCUUCGCUUUCAGGAUUCCCAUUAUUUUUCGCUGAAUCAGGAUGAUACUGUUGUACUACAAUGAGACAGAUCAGAGGUUGUAUGUAUUUUUCUCAUCAGGAAUCUGUUGCACCCUAUCUGGUCCCUUAUUAGAUUGGUGUGGUCAGAGUCCCAGAGUCAGACAAAGAAUGAAAGACAAUUGGAUGGAUAGUGGGCAGGCCAGUCCAAGUCGGGCCCAAACAAAUGAGGUCCGGUCAAAUAGAAAGAUGGACAGCGAAAGGAUAAAGGAACCAAAACCCACGCAGAAUCAAAAGAAACAAUAAUGAGAAGCCCCCUUAGUCUGAGAACAAAACGAACAAAAACAAAGGAUCAGAGCCCAUUGUCACAUAUGAAACCCAGCGUGCUUUGCUGGUCCAUUCCUUCACUGUCAUUCAAUUCACUUUUCUUUGAUAGGUUGACCAAUUAUUGCAGUUCAUGAACCUAUUAACAAGUUGUGUUAAGCUUCUG